AUGGCUCUGCUGUGCUACAACCGGGGUUGCGGCCAACGCUUCGAUUCUGAGACCAAUUCCGAUGAUGCUUGCAUAUACCACCCAGGUGUUCCAGUCUUUCAUGAUGCGUUAAAGGGCUGUACAAAGGGUAGGCAUAAUAGUGAAAAGCCACCAGAGCCAGUCAAACCUGAAGUCAAGACUACAGAGAAGAAAGAACUAUCUAAAUUGAAACCCAAAUUUCAGGAGCACAUUAUUCAAGUCCCUAAACCUAUAGAAGCAAUAAAAAGGCCAAGCCCAGAUGAGCCAAUGACAAACUUGGAAAUAAAAAUAUCUGCCUCCCUCAAACAAGCACUUGAUAAACUUAAACUGUCAUCAGGGAAUGAAGAAGAUAAGAAAGAAGAAGAAAGUGAUGAAAUUAAGAUUGGGACCACAUGUAAAAACGGAUGAUGUUCAAAGACAUACCAGGGUCUAGAGAGUGUAGAAGAAAUCUGUGUAUAUCAUUCUGGAGUACCUAUUUUCCAAGAAGGGAUGAAAUACUGGAGCUGUUGUAGAAGAAAAACUUCUGAUUUUAAUACAUUUUUAGCUCAAGAGGGCUGUACAACAGGGAAACAUGUGUGGACCAAAAAGGAUACUGGGCAAAAAAUUGUUCCUUGUAGGCAUGACUGGCAUCAGACAGGAGGUGAAGUCACCAUUUCAAUAUAUGCUAAAAAUUCACUUCCAGAACUUAGUCGAGUAGCAGCAAACAGUACAUUGUUAAAUGUGCUCACUGUAUUUGAAGGAGAGAAAUAAUUUCAUCACAAUGUGAAGUUAAGGGGUGUGAUUGAUGUCAAGCGAAGCUAUGUAACUAUGACUGCAACAAAGACUGAGAUUACCAUGAGAAAAGCUGAACCUGUGCAAUGGGCAAGCCUUGAGCUACCUGCAGCUAAAAACCCAGAAAAGCAAAAGGAAGAUAUUAUAGACUGA